GUGCAGGGAUACAGACCAUACGAGCCCGACGAAUUCUCAGAGGCAGAGUCUCAGGACUCCCAAGAAUCUCUCUCGGGAUAUGUGCAGAGCCGAUGGGAUGACACGAAGGCUGAGAGGCGCUAUGCUUAUGGCACUGACGCAUGUGUCAAGUUCUCCGGCGUGAGGCGUAUGGAGUGGAAUCGGCCGGAGUGGAAGGACGGUUUGCUCAAGGCAGCGGUUUUCAAGGUCAUGGCGAUGAACAGGGUCUACAAAGGCAUCUCAGCACCCCCAGCGGAGUGGCAGUUCGAGGUGGAACGGCAGAAGGCAGGGCGACUUGCUGAGGAAGCCAGGCUCAUCAAAGCUGAGAAGGAGAGGGUCAGGAAGGAGAAGAUGAAGUCCAAACUUGCCCGGAAGGAAGCACGCGCCAAUGCCAGGGGAGAGCGGCAGGCAGUCAUUGAGAAGCAGCUGAUGCAACAGAACACACAGGCACAAACCCUAGUAGAGGAUAUGGAGGAGGCGCUCUUGAAGGUGCCCGAGCUGCAGCCCCCAGGGGUGCCCGGGCUACAUCCGCAAGAACUCUUUGAGGCCAGACUGGUUCUCCAUGAUCUCGCGACCAGCGGCUUGGGUCAGAAGGUAAGCCAGCUCGGAGGCGCCCCUGCGAUCCCUAAUUACGCCAGACGAGAACCUCCACCUCCCAGAAAGGUGCAGAACUGGAACCAGGAGACCCUCUCUAGCUGGUUCCAUGAGGUGCUGAGGCACUAUCCCAUUCUUUUGCUCGCUUUGCCGCUCACCCCUCUGGCAGAGGCAGAUGUGCAAAAGACCCUGAACGUCCAAGUGUCCUCUGCGCUGUCCGCUGACGACAGCUGCGAUAGGGGUGCAUCUAACGCAUGUGGUCUUGGUGCUUUGCAAGCUGCCGUCCAUGCAAGAAGUGCCAAGGAGCGAUCUCAGGAAUCGAAGCUGAACGAGGAAGACAGGUCCAUCUUUGCCGCCUCCCUGAUAGAAAAAGCCGACGCUGCAAACGAGAAGUCGAAUUCGUCGUUGUCAAUGUCCAGCGACUCGAUGACCACUGACUUAAAGACCAAUGGCAAUGAAGCCUUGCGGGCUCUUGAGCACUUGAUGUUCAAUGACUUGAACCUCAACGACACGCAAAUUGACAAGCUCUUCAAGGGCGUGGUGCUGGCUGUAGCAACUGAAGCUGAGAGAAAGAACCAGAACGCGAUGGGCCGGGGGGUUCUCAAGCUCCUCCGCCAAGCGGCGCUGAAAGCGCUGAGAGCCCAGAAGUCCGACCCUUUUGAUGUCCAGCCGGGCUAUUCCUGGCUAGAGGAAAACGAAGUGGAGUAUGCUAGGGCCUCCCUGGCGCUUCCGAUUACCGGGGGGUCUAUUCUUAUCCUCGCCCUGGUCUCUUUGAACUUCUUCCACCGUACAUUCGGCCCGGCCAAGGAUGACCAGGUCGGACUGCCUGGAAACUUGUCACCCGGCCUGGAUACGACCUCGACAGCAACACCACCCCUGAGUGAGAACCUGGAGACAGGCUUUGAAGAUAGAGUUGACGAGAAUGCCACUACACCCGGUAGCACCAGCGCCAUCGACGACUAUGCGAUGUCCGUGUCCAGUGGCGACGAGUCGAUGGAACCGAAGAAAGAAGAGGAGGUGAGAGCUUCCUUCAAUGCACUCUUCCGCUUCGCUCGCACAUGGGAUUUGAUAUGCACUACGCUUGCCAUGGUUUUGGGCGCCGUGCAUGGUGCUUGCAUGCCUAUGGCCUUCUUCUUCCUGUCCGACCUGUAUCAAGCGGUGUACAUGCCGAACGACGAUGGUUCCCUGCCACCUGUCCAUGCGCCGCACACCAUCCGAGACUCCAAGGUAGCAGAGGUCGGCAUGACUUAUGUGCUGCUCGCGCUCGUGGUCUUAGUCGCAAGAACUGGCGGAUGUUAUUUGAUCAUCAAGGCAGCUGAUCGACAGGUGGUGGCAGCACGACGACAGUAUUUCUAUCAGAUUUUGAUGCAAGGUCCCAGCUGGCACGACAUGCACAAUGCCUCCGAGCUGGCUCCACAGCUUGUGCAAGACACGCACCUCUUCCGGGAUGGCAUCGGGGAGCGACUCGUCGAUUUCACUCGAGCCUGCUUCAUGGCCGUGUCUGCUACAGUUCUUGCUUGCAGUCGCGACUGGAAGGUCAGCAUUCUCAUGGCCAUCAUCAUGCCCAUUGCAGGAAUGUGCAUGGCUUUGUCUGUCGAAGUGGUGCGGAACUUCUCUACCGUGGUCGAGGCCUGCUAUGCCAAGGCCGGUCAGGUGGCGGUAACUGCUACUGAACUGAUCAAGACAGUGACGGCCUUCAAUGGCCAGCGACUGGAGCUGGAAGCCUUCAAUGGGCAUGUAGACGAGGCGCACAUCAAUGCCAUCCAGAUUGGAGUUGUUGCCGGCUAUGCCACUGGCCUUGUCAACACGGUGCUUAUUACGGGGAUGUCCCUGGGCGUGUACUUCGGUUCCCAAUGGGUGCUGCAAGACUACGAAGCCGACUGCUGGCGCGCAUCACCGCCAUUUGGAAAUUGUCGGACGGGUGGCACGAUAAUGUCAGCUAUGUACACGAUCAUCUGGGGAUUUACGAUGGGCUUGGGCACCAUGAACAUGUGCUUCGUGGCUUUUGCAAAUGCACGAGCUGCAAUGCACCGAAUUGGCACAAUUCUGGAUGAACCACUCAGUGCUACAAGCGGUGGCAAGAUUCUUCCCCACGUGGAGGGUGAGAUCAUCUUCUCCGACGUAUUUUUCGCCUACCCAAAGCGCACGGAGUCCUUGGUUCUGAAGGGCGUGACAUUGGAGAUCAAGGCCAACUGUACCACUGCCUUCGUGGGCGGCAGCGGUUCGGGGAAGAGUACGCUCGUCGGCCUGCUGCUGCGUUUCUACGAGCCGAAGACUGGAACGGUUUGCCUUGACGGCACUGAUGUGCGCACAUUGGAACUCCAAUGGUUCCGGUCCAAACUCGCGCUCGUCGAACAGGAGCCUGUCCUCUUCCAAGAUACAAUUUACGAGAACAUCGCAGCCGGCAGUGCCAACUCCGUCACGAAAGCUGACGUAGAGCAGGCAAUUCCACAAGCGAGCGCCCACGACUUCAUUUCUACAUUUCCUCGAGGUUAUCAGACCAUGGUGGGUGAAGCUGGGGCACAGCUAAGCGGCGGCCAGAAGCAGCGAUUGGCCAUCGCCCGUGCUUUGAUCCGGAAGCCUGCUGUGUUGCUGCUGGACGAGGCGACCAGUGCGCUGGACUCGGCAUCAGAGCGAGCCGUCCAGAAGGCGCUGGACGAUCUAUUGGAUCAGGGUGGACGAACAACAAUCGUGAUCGCACACCGCUUGUCCACUGUCCGCAACGCACACCAGAUCUGUGUGCUGGACAAGGGGAAAGUCGUGGAGCAAGGAACGCACGAGGAGUUGAUGUCCAAGAAAGGCGCUUAUGACAAGCUAUUGAGCCUGCAAAUGUCCGCAUCGAAGGAUGCAGACGUGCCGCCUGCGGAGAAGGAGGAGACCACCGCCGUUUUGCCGGCCCAGGCACCUGCUCCGGCACCUGCGGCACAUGGCGCGGCCCAGGAACUCCUGGAAGCGCCGUCCUCCAAGGAACCGGAUGCCGAUGACCAAGCCCAAGGUAAAACAGAUGAAGAUCGCUGCCUGAAGCUCGCCAAGUCCUAUGACUUCGAGAAAGAUCUUGGAACAGCCUUUGCGGUCAAAGAGGUUUGGAGAAUGUCCAGACAGGACUACAAGUACUACAUGAUCGGUGUUGGCUUCACACUGUUAGGUUCACGGCUCAGUGGCAAUUGGUGA